AUGUCCUGCGACCCCGGGGCCGAUCCUUGGAUCGAACAGCACUUCCACGACUGCGUUUACAACUGGAGGGACUAUGUGGGCUUUGCUUUCGGCCUCGCGGCCAUUGUAUUCUGGGUAUUUGCACAGCUGCCCCAGUUCAUCUCCAACUUCCGCAACAAGAGCGCGGAAGCACUGAGCCCCUGGUUCCUGGCGCAGUGGCUGCUUGGGGACACGUUCAACCUGACCGGCGCCCUGAUGCAGGGGCAGCAGCUGCCCACCACCACCUACACUGCCAUGUAUUUUGUGCUUUCAGACGUGUUCAUGAUGAUGCAAUUCAUAUAUUACGGUGCAUUGCAACGCCGUCGGGAGAAGAUACUGCUGUUGCAGGCGCAGUACCGCCAGCGCGCGCGCCGCCGCCAACAUCACCACCCGCAUCACCGCGGCGGUGGUGGUGGGAAUGGCGGCGUGGAUGGCGGCGCCGGCGGUGGCAGCGGGGCCGGCGGUGACAGCGGGGCUGGCGGUGAGAGUGGUGGGGGGUUUGGCGGCUGCUCAGACAGUGGCAGGCUUGGCGGUGGGGCCGGCGCAUCUCGUGAUGUGCAGCUGGGCGGCAGUGGCAGCUCCAGCGGUGCAGCCGACGGUGCCGGCGGCCGGAAGACAGACUGCAUCACAGCGGUGGCUGGCAUCACCCACCGCGGUGCUUGGCUGGCGCAGAGCGGCAGCGGCGAGGCAGAUGCUGAGGUCGUUGGGACAAAAUCAUGGUCGGCCCUCGUGGGCCAGGACAACGGGGUCGGUGGAAGCAGCUGCGGCAAGAGCAGCAGCGACCGCAGCGCCUGCGCUGCAACAACCACAGCCUCACUGUGGCGUUUGCAGCAGCAGCAACAGCAGCAGCAGCAGCAGCAGCUGCAUCAGCAGCAGCCGCAGCGGUGCUCGCACACGGCAAAUGCGGGCUUGGGCGUCCCACGGCGGCCGGUUGCGGUUGCUGCGCUUGCUGUGCUGGCUGUACUGGGGGUGGUGUCGGUGUCGCUCCCGGCAGGGCCAGCGGCAUCGGCUCGUGUGCAGGGCGCCACCUGGCCGCAAGCCAGCCGACAACUGGCUGCAAAGGAAGGCUUGCGGUUUGGACAAAUUGUGGGCUUGCCAGGGCUGCCUGCAAGCUCGCAGCAGCUUAACGCGCAGCAGGGGCGUGUUGGUGACCGCGUCACUGGCUCGGCAACGAGCGUCAGCACCGGCGGUGGCAUCACUAGCAGCGGCAGCAGCAGCGCCGCACCAGCAACAGGUGACAGCCAAAUGGACCGUCCCCAUGGCUGGUCUGCGGAUCCCGCUCAGGCGCCGGCACGGCUGCAGCGCAGGGGCAAGCACCACAAGGGCGGCGACGACGGCGACGGCGGCGGCGACGGCGGCGGCGGCGACGGCGGCAACCCGCCGUGGAUGGUGGCGGUGGGCACGACGCUGGGCUGGGUGAGCUCGGUGCUGUACCUGGCCAGCCGCCUCAGCCAGAUUUACAAGAACUACACCCGCCAGAGUGCAGAGGGCCUGGCGUUCGCAAUGUUUGUCAUGGCGGCUUGCGCCAAUCUGUGCACGGGCACGGGCAUCCUGCUGCGGACGUUCACGCUGCAGGAGCUUGCGGACCAGGGGCCGUGGCUGGCGGGCAGCCUGGGGACGAUCACGCUUGACAUGAUAAUCCUGUCUCAGAGUUUGAAGUACGGCACCAAGCAGCCGCACGAGAGCCAGGCGCAGCAGCAGCAGCAGCAGCAGCAGCCGCACGAGCACGCCCAUCACGGCGUGCACGUGCACCCACACCACCACAUCUCGCACCCGCAUCACCACCAUCACCACCGCUCCGGCGCUGCACGCGCGGGGGCGCGGCAUGGGGACGAAAGCGGCGACGACGAGCGCGCGCCUCUGCUGCCGACCUGA